AUGUUUCCGCUUUCCGCGGAUCCUGAUCAGUGGAAUGCGUAUGUCACGCCCGAGACCAAAGAGGCCGAUGACGAGCUGCAUCUGCCCGACGCCAGCGACAGACCCAAUCACAUCCAACACGGCGGUACCGUGAUUAGCUGGCGUGGCUUUGUCAACAUAGGCACCCUCGUCGUGCUCGUCGGCUCCCUACUGACUCUCUUUGCCGGGUACCCAGUGAUCAACUAUGUGCAGAACGAACGAGCAGACAAUCUUGGAGCGUACAGUAUCGGAGGCAUCAACGCGUCGGGCCAGGUCCCGAAGAUCGCAGGAAACUUCGGCCUCAUCGACGAGGACACGCCGGAGUCGGCCCUCACGAAGACGUCGUUGCACGAUGGCUCACAGCUGACUCUUGUGUUCUCGGACGAGUUCAACACCCCUGGGCGGACGUUCUGGCCGGGCGACGAUCCGUACUGGGAGGCGGUGGACCUCCACUACUGGGAGACGAACAACCUGGAGUGGUACGACCCGCUUGCGAUCACGACGAACGACGGCGCGCUGGAGAUUACGCUCUCACAGAAGCAGACGCACAAUCUGAAUUACCAGGGCGGGUUGAUGAGCUCGUGGAACAAGUUCUGCUUCACGGGCGGGUACGUCGAGGCGAAUGUGUCGCUCCCGGGGACGAACAACGCCGUCGGGCUAUGGCCGGCCGUGUGGAGCAUGGGCAACCUCGGGCGCGCGGGGUACGGCGCGUCGCUCGACGGGCUGUGGCCAUACAGCUACGACGCGUGCGAUGUCGGCACGGUGCAGAACCAGACGGUCAACGGGCAGCCGCACGCUGCGACCGUGGACGGCGACGCGGAGUACGGCGGCGUGCUGUCGUUCCUUCCCGGGCAGCGCUUGAGCCGCUGCACGUGCUCCGGACAGAGCCAUCCAGGCCCGAAGCACAGUGACGGGACGUUCGUCGGGCGCGCGGCGCCGGAGAUCGACAUGUUCGAAGCGCAGAUCACGGGGACGCCGCUGACGGGACAGGUGUCGCAGAGCGCGCAGUGGGCGCCGUUUAACUACGGCUAUCUGUGGUUCAACACGAGCGAGAACGAGAUAAUCCCGGACCCGACGAUCUCGAAGCAGAACUCGUACAUCGGCGGCGUGCUGCAGCAGGCGACGAGCGUGGUCACGGACACGAAUCCGAACUGCUACGAGGGGGAGACGGGGUGCUACUCGAUAUACGGCUUCGAGUAUGCGCCUGGGUUUGAUGACGCGUACAUUACGUGGGUGUCGAAUAACCAGGUUGCGUGGACGUUGAACGGCGCAGGGCUCGCUGCGGACUCGAGGGUCGAGAUUUCGGCGCGGCCGGUGUCGCAAGAACCCAUGUACCUGAUCAUGAACCUGGGCAUGUCGUACAACUUCGGGCAGAUCGACCUGGCGCAGAUCCCGUUCCCGGUGCACCUGCGCGUGGACUACAUCCGGGUGUACCAGCCGAGCAAUGCGAUCAACAUCGGGUGCGACCCGCCGGACUUCCCGACGGCGGCGUACAUCGAGCAGUACAUGGAGGCGUACACGAAUCCGAACUUGACGACGUGGGAGGGCGACUACGAGCAGGAGUGGCCGAAGAACUCGUUCCUCGGCCAGUGCUGA